AUGGAAAGAGCAACAGCAGGGAGACGAUGGCAGCCAUUUUGAUCGCACUGGCCAGGUAGUUGGGUCGCCAGCUCUACACAAGCCAGUAAUCUCCACGACAUGCCGCACCUACAAUGACGUUAGCAUUAAAGAGAUAGCUCCUGAAAUUGAUGAUGGUACUGCGCUGCAAUUUGAGCCACAAGACCUACACAUUGAGAUCGGUCAGGGAACGAUCAACACUGAUGUUGUGAGUGAUCAGGGCAUAAGGGCUUUGUGCUUCGUGAUGAACAACGUCCAGUCGCUGUACCUGCAUGACAAUUCUUCCAUCGCCCCUGUUAUCCCGGAGCAAACUACGUCCACAAGAAGGCGGGGAAUUAAUUACCGUGCUCUAAAGUGCUGCCGUGUUGAGAGAUGCCCAAAUUUGGACACUGUCUUCCAUACUAACUAUGAUAUUGAGUACUACUUUGAUCAACUGGAGACCUUUUCGGCGGCUGAUCUCUUGAUGGCCCAUUCUAUUUGGAGCAGAGGAACGAUAGUUGAGGCCAUAGACGAUGUAUCCUUUGCAAGACUGCGGGCCAUACAUCUGAGCAUGUGCCCCAGGCUCCAAUUUGUCCUCCCAUUGUCAUGGUUCGGUACCUUGUCCAGCCUGGAAACCCUCAACAUAGUCCGGUGCAGUGAUCUCAAGCAGGUCUUCCCCGUGGAGGCAGAGUUUCAAAAGCGAAUAGCUACGAGGUAUCCAAAUGGCAUGCUGGAAUUCCCAAGGCUCAAGCACUGGUAUCUGCAUGAUCUCUCCAGCCUGCAGCAGAUAUGCGAGGCCAAAAUGUUUGCCCCCCAGCUCGAGACUGUCCGUCUCAGGGGCUGCUGGGGCUUGAGGCGCCUCCCGGCCACUGACCGCCGCCGUCGAGAUGGACCCCUUGUCGCCGUGGACUGCGAGAAGGACUGGUGGGACAACCUCCAGUGGGACGGGCUGGACGUCGGUCACCACACAUCCCUCUUCGCGCCGCACCACCCCGCGUAUUACAAGAAGCGACUGCUGAGGACCACACCGUUCUCCGGUGAUGAUCCGGCCUCGCUCGUCCAGUAAUCCAUUGCAGAUUUCGUGUGGGGGAUCAAGCUAAGAAGAGGGGAUAUAUACCGGUUGGCACUGCUUUCUUCUGUCGUUUGCUUCCCAGGUCUUGGGUUGUUUUCUCAAGAAUAAACAAUUGGUGGUUUCUGAUGCUGCCUGCAUCUGCCCAAUUCAGUGUGUUUGUGUGCUCCAUGGUAUGUUGAUCCGUGUGCGUCUCUGUUGAGACAAACAUACCAUCUGUUUGGCCUUGCAUGGCUAUGUGUGUGCGCUUGCUUGCUUGCUUUGAAAUAAGAUGGUGGGGCUGUGUUGUGUUUAUCUGUCCCGGCCCCUAAAACCCCAUGAUGAGUGUAACAAUGUUGAUUGCGUGAAAAACAUUCCUGCUGACAAAGUUUGUAAUAAUCAAUGAAGCUGGCUGCUGGCUACAUUUUGUGGUGUGAUUUA